UUUUUCGGUGGGUGCGAACCUCCUCCGAACUACAUGAUUUCUUAUAAUAGUGUUACGCACUUCUAAAUGUGAUGACCUUUACCAAACGCUCAUAUGCUAUCAUGGAAACUGCUCAGAGAUUAGAGAAACUACAGCGAACUGAGCAGGAGGUGUGUCGAAUGCUCUCUCUAGCUGCGGACAGCAUACAGGAGUUGAGCAGGGACAACCCGGAUCAAGGUCUCGUGGAUCACAAGACAAAAGAAUUUGUUAAAGUAUUGGAGGCCAUAGAGGGUGGGCUAUCAGAGCAGAUCUCUUACCUCACACGAGUCUCCACCCACCACCCUCAUGAGGGAUCAGCAUACGGAGCAGAGAAGGACUAUGAGCUGGUGUGUAUUGAGGGUAGUCUAGUGAGAGAGCAGCUCUUAACGUCAGAUGGUCCUCACAUGAACAACGCUAUUCACAACUCAUCGUAACAACUUGUCUGUUAAUUAAUCGGAACUCAGCACAUUUGUACAAUGUCUUACGCCACCUUGUUGUUAAAUAGAUCACCUCCAUAAUCAAAGUCGGUUCAUAUUGUCACUAGCCUCUAUGCCAGUUGACCUCAUGCUCAGUCUACUCAAACAUUGUGAAAUCUGUUAUAAGUUUUGUUUGAUCUCCUGAA